ACACACACAGCUCUACACACGUUUAAAUACUGUGUGUGUGUGUGUGUGUGUGUUAUGAUGAGAUUAUUUUUGCGCCAAGUCUUCUUCCUGGCGGCCAUGUUGCCUUUGCUCAUUUUCCUCACUUCACUGUGGCUGCCUCAAGUAACCAAUCAGAACUGUCCAUCAUCCUGGCUCCCCUGUCUGACUGCAGCACGCAGCAAGGACCCCUCAGCACUUGUAGAAGGAAGUGAUGUCAGAUCUGAUGAAGCUGAUGAGGUCAUUAGCUCUGAACGUCCUAUCACAGCAGACUGUCCUGGGAGGAGUUUCCAGGUGUCCCGCCUACUCCUAUAUUUAGGCUCCGCCCUCGGACCUGAAUCAGGUGUGCUGAUAGAACCGUACCUGCAGUCGUGGGAGGAGCUCGUUAAGUUUAUGGAAGCUCUCGGCCCGAUGAUCAGGUUCUUCACCUAUAAGGUUGAGGAGAAGAUCGCUCUGAUUCGCCAGCUGGCCCAUGAGGACUCCACCCAUCAUCCCUCUGGCCACGCCUAUCACUCAGUGCACUCCAUGUUAGAGGUGGAGCUUCAGAGGGGCGUGGUCAGCUUCGACAGGGAGAAGCCGUCAGGGAGUCGCACCUUGCUCCGCCUCCACCGGUCACUGUUAUGGUUACAGCUCUUACUGGAGAAGCUGUGGGCAGGGCCGGGACCCGGGGCCCUGAGUCUGGGCGAGGCGUGUGACGAGGCGUACAGCGAGGCACUGGCGAGGUACCACCCCUGGCUUCUUCAGUGGGCGGCACGACUCGCCUUCGCUGCCCUGCCCAAUCACACUCUGCUGCUCGACAUGGUCUGUGUGACAUCACACCAGGAGGCGGAGCCCAUCAUACGCUCCAUCGUCACGGCGAUCAAAGAGGUCCGUCACCGUACCCACGCCGAACUUGAGAAGAGGAACAUGCUCGAACUUCCUUAAACGUUCAGUCAUUCAUCUGUAGUGAGCGCUGUGUCAUGGUCAAGGUUCUGGUGGAUCCAGAGCCAAUUCCUGAAUCACAAACUGCACGCCACAGGAACGCGGGGCUCCAUCACUCACAUAUUCAUGACACCCGCCAGUUCCCCUACUGGCAUGUUUCUGGGUGGGUGAUAAGGAGAACACUUCAUGAGCUGGUGUUUGUUAGAUAUGAUGAUGUUUGGGACGUGACGCAGUGCCCCGUGCAGGACAAACAAUUUCAGUGACAGGAAGUGGAGGCUCAGGUCAGGUACUUCCCUAAACUAAUGACUGAAGUGUGUGUGGGGUGCAGGAGGUGUCCAUGAUAUUAAAGAUUCAUUAAUAAAUUAUUUCAUAAAAUAAUGUGAAAAGAUUAUAAAAGAAUCAAAACACCGUCGUUACUGAGACUCAGAAUCACAGAGACAACAGAGAGACAGACAGGCAGACAGAGUGGGAGAGACAGACAGAGAGAGACAGACAGACAGAGAGGGAGAGACAGACAUGGUAUAAGGACUUAUCAUCAUAUUUAUCAGGAACUAAAAGACGUUUAACACAUAUUUGGCUAAAAUGAAAUAAGACCAUGACUGAAUGUGAAAAUGAUUUUAUACAGAUGUGCAGCUCACACCAUCCCGGAAGUUAAAUUUCUCCUCUAUGCGGAUGACCUGGUUCUGCCCACAGAAAAGGAGCUUCAGCAGCAUCUGGAUCUGCUGGAGAAGUUCUGUCAGACCUGGGCCCUGACAGUAAAUCCUGAUAAAUCUAAAAUCAUGAUCUUCCAAAAGAAAGCCAGAUCUCAGGAAAGCAGAUAUACUUUCAAUCUAGGAGACACCGCCCUAGACCACACCCUUUCUUAUGAUUACCUGGGGCUCAAAAUCAGCGCCUCAGGAGGCUUCGGUCUGGCAGUGGAUGAACUGAAACAGAAGGCCUGCAGAGCCCUCUAUUCAAUUAAAAACAAUUUCAUUAAGAUUCACGUCCCAAUUAGAAUCUGGUUAAAGAUCUUUGAUAGUAUAAUCCUGCCCAUUGCGCUAUACGGUAGUGAAGUAUGAGGUCCACUCAGUCAUCAUGACUACACUAGAUGGGACGAGCAUCCCACUGAAGUCCUGCAUGCAGAAUUCUGCAGAAUGAUUUUACAUGUACAGAGAAAAACCCCAGUUAUAUCAGGAGAGGGACCAUCAGCCUCCACUGCAGCCAGAUACGUACAUGAGUGUCACACACUCCGGGACAGUGAUUGAAACAACAGGUAAGACAGACAGGCAAAGAGGGACAGACAGACAGACAGACAGACAGACAGACAGACAGACACACUUGAACCUUUUUGAACCAGUUUUAUUUCAUGUUAAUUUUAUUUCUUAAAUAACAAAGUUUCACAUUUAAUCACAAUAAAUAAAUAAAAACGUUCAGGAACAAAAACUCUUCAUCACAUCGUAUACGUGGCAGUUUGAUCGGCAGUGUGAGAGAGUGUGUGUGUGUGUGUGAUGGUGUGUGUGUGUGAGAGAGUGUGUGUGUGAGAGAGAGAGAGAGUGUGUGUGUGUGUGAGAGUGUGUGUGUGAGAGAGAGUGUGUGUGAGAGUGUGUGUGUGUGUGUGUGUGUGU